UUUGUCAAUGUCAACCAAUUACCAAGUGUCAAAUACAAAUUGAUAAAAAAAAAAAAAAAAAAAUCUAUAAUUUUUACCAAUAAGUAAUAAAUGUUAUAAUAAUAUAAAAUAAUUCAAAUACGAUACGUUAUUACGAUUAAAAGAUGAUAACUUACGCUCCGGAUGAAUUAGGAUUAGCCGACUCGUCUUCCUGCGCAGCGAUACGCGCCGAUCUUAAAAUGUGUUUACUAAACAGCGACUGCUGUAAAAAGGAUAAAAAGACUCCCCGUGAUUGUUUAAAAUCAGGAAAUUGUCCAACAGAAUGUGUGCAGUUGAGGACCACCUUCUUUGAAUGCAAAAGAUCUUUGCUUGAUGCAAGAAGAAGGUUUAGGGGGCACAAAGGCUACUAAAUUAAUUAUUUUAACUAAUUUUAGAAUAGCUUAGAAAUAAUUGAUGAAAAAGUAUUUGUUUUAUAUUGUUAUCAUAAAUAAAUUGUUGAUUGAUUA